AUGGUGAACGUGCUUAAGAAGGCGGCCAAGCUCUUCUGCCUUCUGGAUCCCGAGAUCAUGGACCGGGAGGACAGCCAAGUGGUCAUGACCAGCUCCGCCAAGCUGCCGGUGCCGGCGUCGAACCACGACCACGACCACGACCAUCAUGACGAGGACGACAGCGUGAGCGGGGUCACCCGACAGCAGCAGCUGCUCCUGUCGCUCAUCGAGGGCUUCCUGGAGGCCAACGAGCUCUACCUGUUCCUGGAGAUGUGCUGCUGGUCCACGCCCCUCAAGGACCAGUUCAUCGAGCUCCUGGGGCACCGCGAGCAGCUCCGAAAUUCGCGCCUCCCGGCGGAGGAACGGUCGCCUGCUGUGCUGGUGCAGAAGGUGGUGUGCUCCGGCUACCAUUGGCUGCGGGAUUGGUCGCUGCUGGUGCUCGCCGAAUGCGCGUGGGCCAUCACCCAGCUCGACCUCAGCCGAUGCGCCUACCUCACCGAUGGAACCUUCCAAGUGCUCUUUGGCGAACGAUACGACACUGUGCGGUGGUACUGGAAGGACCCGUUCACGUUGCGAUUGGAACAGCCCGGCUGGAAGGAGUUCUCGCUGGACAACACUGCAAAGCUCGAGGAAGCCUACCAGUCCUUCCACGCCACCGGGCAAAAGGAGGGAACCAAGCUGAGGGUCAUGACCGAGGAGCCGGCGCAGCUGUUCCUCGUGAACGUGCGAAAGAUGACCCAACGCAAGUACUUCGACGUCUCCCGCAACGUGCUCGAGCCCAAGCGACUCAAGGUCCGGCGUGCAGUGCCUUCCCUGCGGGCCAACACACAACCGCCGUUGCCCAGCCUGGAAAGUUGCGAUUUGUCGCACACGUCGAUUACGGGCAACUCGGUGGAUAUUCUGAUCAACCGCUGCCCGCGGCUGACAACGCUCAACCUGAAGAACUGCGCCAUGGUGACCCACGUGCUCGAGGAGGACCUGCCCAGCCACCACUUCACCCAGAAGCGGGUCUGGCAGCAGUUGCGGCUCAGCGGAUCACAAGACGGCGAAGAAGGAAACGAAAACGAAAGUGAAGAGAAGAGCGAAAGCGAAAGCGAAGGAAAGAAGGGCGAGGAGGCAGAGGCGACUGCCGCUCGGCCUCCUUCGAGGGGCGCGUUUGUGCUGACGUGGCUCGAUCUCGAGAGCUGUCCGCUGGUGCACUUCACCGAGAUCACGCUCGGGCUGCUGCCCAACCUGCGCCACCUCAACCUGGCCUACACCAAGGUGUCGGGCCACUGCCUGAGCCGGCUCGCCGCCUGCUGCCCGGCCCUGGAGUCCCUCAACCUCACUACCAACGACUACGUCACCAACGACGUGUGCACCACUUCGUUCGCUCGGCUGCCGCGGCUCACCCAUCUGUGCCUCAAGCACUGCCACCGGGUGUCCGACGCGAGCCUCGAGCAGUUCCUACCGUCAGCCGCGCCCGGCGGCAGCGGCGGCAUUCACCUGCACGCGAUCGAUCUCUCGCGCAACAAGAACGUGACCGACGGCAUGCUGGUGCAACUGCUCAAGCGCAUGUCGCACUCGCUGACCGAGCUCAAGGCGCGCGACUGCGAGAAGAUCGCGUUCUCCCGCAUUCUGCUGCACGCGCUGGUGCCCGGCGCGAUGCCGCGGCUGCGCACGCUCGACCUGUACAACUCGGGCAACCGGCCGGGCCUCACCGCGCAGACCGAGCGGACCGCGCGCGUGUUCCAGGCGCACACGCUGGUCUCCAUCUAUCAGCUCCUCGUCGCCAAGCCGCCCGUGCCCCACCCCGCCCUCACCUCGCUCGACAUCGGCUCCUCCGAACUCAAUGAUAACAGCCUGGGCGAGGUGGUCAAGCGGCUGCCCCACCUGGAGUACCUGAGCGCGGCCAACGUGCGAGGCAUCACCGGGACCUGUCUCGCUCUGAUUGCUCAGCAUUGUCCCAACCUCACCUCUCUCAAUUUCAGCAAUUGUAAGAAUGUGAGUUCAGCGCCCGUGUACAAUUAUCUGCCCAAGCUGACGGCUUUGCGCGUGAUCGAGCUGGCCGGCCUUCCCAACAUGGGCGAUCGAACGACAGAAGCGAUCGCCGAGUGCAAGAUGCUGCAGGUGGUCCGGCUGUCCUACUGCGAAAACCUCACCUCGCAGGCACUCGUCAACCUGGCCACGCUGCCGCACGCCGAGGUGCGACCACAGCCCCUGCAGCUCUCCUUCGACAUGCGCCCGCUCACGUCUCCGUGGUUGUCGGAGCUGGACCUGCGGUUCUGCCGUCGGGUGGGCGACGCCGGGCUGCUGGCCCUCGUGCGCGCCCACGGCGUGAACCGCAAGCUCUGGAAACGGCACCAGCUGCUGGCCGCUAGCCACCUCCACACCGCCAGCUCGGCGGACGGCGAGGAGGAGGAGGAGAUGACCGACGAUGAUGAUACUGCGGCGGCGGCGGCGGCGAGCGCGGCGCAGUGCCACUCGAGGCUGCACACGCUGCUGCUGGCCGAGUGCAGCCUCCUGUCCGCACGAGCCUUGUCGUUGCUCUCCACCAUUCCCUCCCUGACGAAGCUCAACAUCGGCAGCUGCAGCAAGGUCAGCGAGGCGGCCGUGCUCAAGCUGGGCCAGUACCUCCGCGGCAUGAAAGAACUGACAUUGAGCUGCCUGCCGAUCAGCAACGAGGCCGUCAUGUACGUGGUGGAGCACUGCCCGCGACUGCACUUCAUCGACCUGCGGGGCUGUAUGGAGCUCACGUACGCGCUCAAGGUGUGGUUCAUGUCUCGCUUCCCGCACAUGCAGGUGGUGUGGCCGACCGGCAUCAUGCGCAUCAAGUUCCCCAAGGCCCUGCGCCUUCCCUCCUCCGACCCCUCCCUGCCGCCGUCCUCUUUCUCCUCCUCGUUGCCGCCGCCGCUCGCCCACUCGGCCUCGCCGCAGUCGGUCCACCGCGACACGGCCCAGGAGCUGAACGAGGCCACCUCCGGCCCGGGCCUCAUCUCCUCCCAGCUCCGAGGUCGCGUGGCCCUCCUCGAACGCGCCUUCAAGAAGGCCAAUCCCUACUAG